GUCGAAAAAUGACAAUCAUUAAAACUUAACGUCAAUAAUCAAACAUUGCGUAUGCAAAGUCAGCGAUGGAUGAUUCGUACAUCAAUAUGGACAUCCGUUAAAAGACGACCUGUCGAAAUACAAUAGUUAAGAGUGCGAGUCAGAAAGAACCAUUGCAAUCAUCCGACAGUUACCAUUUGCUGCUAACGCACACUCCGCGACGCGGCUCGCGAAAUUGACACCGCACGCGACGAGUUCGAAAUACGAAUGUAAAUUUUAUUUAAGUGAUUGAUUAAAAAAAACAAACUGGACACAAACAAAAAAUAAAAUAAAAAAUAAACUAACAAUAAUGCGACAAUAUUAAAAUAUAAACAAAAUAAAUAUUAUACGGAUAAUAAUACAGACUUAAUUUAGUGAUUGUGAUGAAACUUGGUUGUGAACAAAAUUUUUAUAAUUGAAAGAUAUUUAAUCCAAAAUAAUGACGAUUGAUGAGAAAACGGAUAAAAAAGAAAAGAAUGAAAUGGAUAAAUCAAAUAAAAUUAAUAGUAAUAAAAACGUAAUAGCAAACGAAACUUUAAGAAAUAGUUUUAUAAAAAAUAAUGAAAAAUUAAAAAUUAAAAAGGAUGAUACAGAGAAUGAUCCUUUAAAAGGUCUAAGUAUAUUCCAAAAAGCAAAACUUAUGAUCUCCUUAAUAACGGUAGAACCAAUUUUAGCAUGCUUUGUUAUGCCGUCUGUUUUGUCAGCUUUAGCUACACAGAACUUGUAUCUGGAUAAGGCCUGUAGAGUUAAUUUGGGGUUUGAACACCACAUAUGUGACGCACUGACUAAAAGAGAAACUGCUAAUUAUACGUUUGAAGAAGAAGCAGUACAAACUUUAGUAGCUUCAGUAGCUGGAUGGAAAACAGUAUUACAAUCAUUUUUACCAUGUGGAAUACUAAUAUUCGUCGGAGCGUAUAGUGAUAGAAUUGGACAAAGAAAAUUUUGUAUGCUUUUACCUAUCGUCGGAGAAUUCUUAACUAGUAUAGGUCUUAUUGUAAAUACUUAUUUCUUUCACCAACUACCAGUCGAAGUAGCUGCUGUGACAGAAGCAAUAUUUCCAGCUUUAACUGGAGGCUGGUUUACCAUGUUUAUAGGCGUAUUCAGUUACAUAGCGGAUGUGACUACGGAGGAACAAAGGACGUUACGAAUUGGAAUUGUGAACCUAUUUUAUUCUUUAGGAGUGCCGUUAGGUGCGGCUCUUAGUGGAAUAUUGGUGCGAAAAAUUGGUUUAUACGGUGUUUUCUCAUUAAGUGCAACUAUUUACGUAUUGAGCUUCUUCUACGGAUAUUAUAGGAUUAAAGAGGUCAAAAGAAGCGAUAUUCAGUUGAAAAAGACAAGUAACUGUUGUGAAUGGCUGCGAGAUUUCUUUGACACGCGUUACGUUAAAGACACCCUGAUGGUUGCCUUCAAACGCGGUCCCAACAAUAGAAGACUACGAGUUAUAAUGCUUGUCGUUGUUUUAUGUGUUGUAAUUGGACCUAUUUACGGAGAGUUAUCCGUGAUGUAUCUGUUCACGAGGUACCGGUUUAACUGGAACGAAGUGGAUUUUAGCAUGUUUUCGACUUAUGCCAUGUGCACUUCUCUCGUCGGGACGCUAUUUUCCGUUGGAGUGUUCAGCCACCUGUUAAAAUUUGAUGAUGCUAUUAUCGGAGUGAUCUCUUGCAUGAGCAAGAUAUUAUCAGGCUUUAUGUACGCCUUCUCAACAAAAACUUGGCAAAUAUACAUUGCACCGUUAAUUGAAAUUUUCAAUGGUACUUCGUUCAUUGCAAUGAGGUCGAUGGUUUCAAAACUAGUGGGAAAGGAUGAAUUAGGGAAGGUGAACUCUUUCUUCGGAGUGGCAGAAGCAAUGAUGCCCCUGGUGUAUGCUCCUAUGUAUACGACGGUGUACAGUGCAACUAUUAAAACCUUCCCUGGGGCCUUCUUCCUCCUUGGUGGGGGGCUGACUGUACCAGCUGUACUUAUAUUUUUAUGGUUAUAUUUGGCAAAUAAGAAAUAUAAUGACGCCAAUUCUCAACAAAAUCUUAGAGAAGCUCAAGUAGCAGAACAUAAACCGGAAAAGAUCGGUAUCGACAACAAAGCUUUCGAAAACGAGGACAAGAGUAAGAUACCGAACAAUACUGAUCCGUCAAAUCAGUUAGAAGAUACGGAAAAGUUCGAAAAAACCGUCAGCCAAUCUCAAAUCGAAAUGGGCUUUACAGAGAGUAUGCUUUGUACUAGUAAAUUGUAG